AUGGAGAUCCCGCCCAUCAUAAGGCUGGCCAUUCUUGGCGCCAUUGCCCUCCUCGACAUUGUCUCGCUGGGCCUUCUCGCCUACGUCGUCAACGCAUGGAGCUACGACUACAACGUAGGCUUCGAGACCUACCACGUCACCGCGCCGGCCAGCGUCAACUUCAUGCUCUUCAACACCGUGUGGACCAUCCUCGUCCUCGUCUACCUGACCGUUGUCCCACGCCUUCUGGCCUCGCUGUACCACAGCCUCAUCGCUCUAGUUCUGCUCGCCGUCACCACUCUUUUCUGGUUCGCCGGCUCGAUUGCUCUCGCCGUGCGCCUCGGCGCCCAUACCUGCGGCGGGGGGGACUUUUGCACCUCGUACCAGUCCGCGCAGGCCGCUACCGCCUUUGGCUUCUUCAUCUGGGCCCUCUUCACCGCCCUGCUCGUCUUUGAGGCGUUGGGAUUUCUACAGCACGGCAUCAAGGGACGCGCCAACGCCGACGGCACGGGUACGCAGAUGACGUCUCAGACUGCCCCGGAGACGUAUCCUCAGGCUCCUCAGGCUGCCCAGGUUUAA